AUGCUGUGGUUCCAGGGCGCCAUUCCGGCCGCCAUCGCGUCGGCCAAGAGGAGCGGCGCAGUCUUCGUGGUGUUCGUGGCAGGAGGAGAAAGUUCAGGCCAGACCACUGUGUCUCAAGAGCCUAGUGGAUGUUCAAAUCAGAGACCUACUGAAGACCUCACCGUCAGAGUGGAAAGACUAACCAAAAAACUUGAAGAAAGGAGAGAAGAGAAAAGGAAAGAGGAAGAACAGAGGGAGAUUAAGAAGGAAAUUGAGAGGAGGAAAACUGGAAAAGAAAUGUUGGAUUAUAAAAGAAAGCAAGAAGAAGAAUUAACAAAAAGAAUGUUAGAGGAAAGAAAUAGAGAAAAGGCAGAAGAUAGGGCAGCUCGAGAGCGUAUAAAACAGCAGAUUGCUCUGGACCGUGCAGAGAGAGCUGCUCGGUUUGCAAAGACGAAGGAAGAGGUAGAAGCUGCUAAAGCUGCCGCCCUGCUGGCCAAACAGGCAGAGAUGGAAGUCAGGAGAGACACUUCCACAAAAGAGAGAAGCACUGUUGAGAGAAUUCAGUUCCGUCUUCCAGAUGGUUCUUCCUUUACAAAUCAGUUCCCUUCUGAUGCUCCUCUAGAGGAAGCAAGGCAGUUUGCUGCACAGACUGUUGGCAACACUUACGGUAACUUUUCAUUAGCAACAAUGUUUCCCAGGAGGGAAUUUACCAAAGAAGAUUAUAAAAAGAAAUUAUUGGAUUUGGAACUUGCUCCAAGUGCUUCAGUGGUACUGUUGCCAGCAGGAAGACCAACUACAUCCAUGGUACAUUCUUCCAGUGGAGACUUUUGGACAUUGUUGGGGACAGUGCUUUACCCAUUCCUUGCCAUCUGGAGACUGAUAAGCAACUUCUUAUUUAGUAAUCCUCCUCCUGCACAGACCUCAGUGAGAGCAGCAUCACUGGAAACCUCAAACCUUGCUUCGUCUAGCAACUCAGAAAAAAGGGAACCAGUCAGAAAGAGUGCUGGAGAAACGGGGGGAAGACUUUAA